UAGUGCGCAAAGUUCGCAACAAAUCUUUCACUUUAUAAAUCACAUCAAUAUCACUUGUCCGUUGCAAGGUCCGCUGGUCUUCUGAAUUGAAAUCCAGGCUAAAUUUUCGUUUUGCUCCUCGCAUCACAAAUAGCUCAGGCUCUUGUUCGUACUUAUCGAUCAUUGAAGUACUUUAUAGCAGAAAUAGGGUCAUACAUAGGUUUCUACUGUGCGCGUGCUAAAUUAAAAAAUAAAAUAAUACCCUGAUAGCUUGCCGGUUGCCGACACCACACUCGUCUUUUUGAUAUGUCAAACGAUCAAAAAGCGCUAAAAAAUGGACCAAGGGGAAAGAUAUUCAUCCAUAGUGGAACAUACAAAGGGGACUGGCUCAAUGAUCUAAAACAUGGAAAGGGCAUUUUCGAGUGGUCGAACGGCGCGAUCUACAGCGGCGACUGGGCGUGGAACCGGCGCCACGGGUACGGCGUCUACACGGAACUGUGCCCCCGAACCUGCCAGCUGAUCCAGUACAACGGACAGUGGUGCUGCGACAAGAGACAGGGACAUGGCGUGCAAUUCUACGCAGACGGCGAGAGCUACGAGGGUGACUGGCACAACAACAAGCGGCGCGGCUGGGGCAGGAUGUUCUACAAGGACGGCAGCCUCUACGAGGGAGAGUGGCACGACGACAUUCGGGAGGGCAGAGGACUACUGAGAAAGGCUGACGGUAACCUGUACGAGGGCACGUGGCACCGGGACACCAAGCACGGCCCCGGCCUCUACCAGCACAAACGGACCGGGCAGAUGCAGGAGGGAAUCUGGGUGGACGGCAUGGUCAAGUGCAGCGCAGUGGAGGACAAGAACCGGCUGUUUGCCUCCGAGCCCACGCCGUACCCCAUACCGCUGCUGGAGCUGCUGCAGCCGGUGGCCGUGCUGCGCGAGGCGGCCGCCGAGUUCGUGCCGCUCAUCCCCGAGCAGUACCGCCAGGCGGCCGAGGCGGCCUCCUCCGCCUCCUCCACGUACUCGUCCACCUCCAACGUGGCCUCCGAGCCCGGCACGGACUCCUCCAGUGACGCGGCCUCCUCCGACACAUCGCUCCUCCAGCGCUGUCAGCACAGACACUCGUUAGAACGCUGCGCCCGCGAUCUCCGAGACAAUAGCGAAUAGCUGGGCCUGGAUGAGUAUUAAAAUUCAUUGUUACACAUAUAAACAUAAUCAUGCGAUAAAUCUGAUGUAGCAACUCACCAAGUGUUCUAAAUCGUCAUCUUGUAGCAACUGAUGAAAUGAUUCUGAGUUGAAUGAUACAUAUUUAGUUGACAACAUAGACGAUAUAUUGCCGAAUAAAGGAGCAGUGGACACA